AUGAGCUUCAGUAAUGGAACCAUAAAUUGCGACAUCAUGCCAACAAUCUCUGAAGAUGGAGUGGACAACGGCGGUCCGCUCGAUGAGCCAUCGGAUCGAGAUAAUAUAGAACAGGUAUCAAUGUGUCCUUUGAUGAUGAACAUGUUGGAAGACCGAGAUAAGUUGCAGGAGCAGUUGGAAACUGUUAAGAUUCAGCUGGAGAAUCAGGGGAUGCGGACGAAAGAAGUGGAGAAAGAGCGAGAUAUGAUGAAGCGACAGUUUGAAGUGCACACUCAGAAUUUACCUCAGGAGUUACAAACCAUGACACGAGAACUAUGUCUUCAUAAAGAGCAGUUAUUGGAAAAAGAUGAAGAAAUAGUUGAGCUGAAGGCCGAGAGAAAUAAUACAAGGCUACUGUUAGAACAUUUGGAGUGCUUAGUAUCCCGACAUGAGCGAUCCUUAAGGAUGACAGUUAUGAAAAGACAAGCCCAAAAUCAUGCUGGUGUCUCCUCUGAAGUAGAAGUGCUGAAAGCCCUGAAAAGUCUGUUUGAACAUCACAAAGCCCUCGAUGAAAAGGUCCGUGAACGUCUUCGAGCCGCGAUGGAGCGUGUGGCGACACUUGAGGAGGAAGUCAACGGAAAAGGAGAGGAGAAUGCGGCGCUGAAAGCUCGAAUUGCCAAUUAUGCCGCGGAAGCCGAAGAGGCACUGGCGUCAAACGCGCGUACCAAUGGUACACUGAGUAGUGAGAGUGCAAACCGACUCAUUGAAAUGCAGGAAGCGUUGGAGAGGAUGAAGACGGAACUGGCGAAUUCUUUGAAACAAUCGAAUGAAGUCACAACAAGAAACGCCGAACUCGAAGAGCAAAUCGCUGAAAACGCUCGUGAGAAGCAUGCCGCUCAAGAAUCCAUAGCCCGUCUGAAGAACCAAAUUUGUGAGCUUGAUGCCCAACGCACCGACCAAGAUACAAGAAUAGCCACGCUUGAGUCGCGUUUCCUGACCGCUCAACGCGAGUCGACAUGCAUCCGGGAUCUCAAUGACAAAUUGGAGCAUCAGCUCGCCAACAAGGAUGCGGCUGUCAGGUUGAAUGAGGAGAAGGUGCAUUCUCUUCAAGAAAGAUUGGAAUUGGCAGAGAAGCAACUCGCGCAGAGUCUCAAAAAGGCAGAGUCCCUUCCGUCAGUUGAAGCUGAAUUGCAACAGAGAAUGGAGGCGCUUACCGCAGCUGAACAGAAGAGUGUAUCCGCGGAAGAACGCAUUCAGAGGUUGGAUCGGAAUAUCCAGGAACUCACUGCAGAAUUGGAGAGAGCUGUGCAAAGAGAGCGGAUGAAUGAAGAGCAUAGCCAGAGGCUGAGUAGCACUGUGGAUAAACUGCUAUCUGAAUCCAACGACCGCCUGCAACUCCAUCUCAAAGAACGAAUGCAAGCGCUGGAUGACAAAAACCGUCUUACUCAACAGCUCGAUGGCACGAAGAAAAUUUACGAUCAAGCAGAGCGCAUCAAAGAUCGUCUACAGAGGGAUAACGAAUCGUUGAGACAAGAAAUUGAAGCAUUGCGACAGCAGUUGUACAACGCAAGGACCGCACAAUUCCAAUCAAGGAUGCACGCCCUUCCGUACGCACAUGCUCCAACUAUUGUUCAAGCACCACCUCCGACUUCGAUUGCUCAGCAAAGUGCUUAUUCGGUUUACAAGCAACCAAACCAACAAUAUCAAACUGUUGGUAUGAGGAGGAAUAAUAAGGGACGGAUGGCGGCGUUGCAGGACGACCCCAACAAGGUGCAAACACUCAAUGAACAAGAAUGGGAUCGUCUUCAACAAGCUCAUGUUCUUGCAAAUGUCCAACAAGCAUUCUCUUCCUCUCCAUCACUUGCCGAUGUUGGUCAAUCGACACUUCCAAGGCCCAAUACCGCUGUCCAACAACACUCCCAGGAAGAAAUGAUGGCUAUGCAACGAGGAUUACAACAAGAAAUGCAACAAAAUAUGCAACAAGGUGGCGGCCAGGAUGCCCAUAUGUUGGCUUCGAUGCUGCAAGAUCGAUUAGACGCGAUUAAUACCGAAAUUCGAUUAAUCCAACAAGAAAAGCAUCACGCUGAACGAGUAGCCGAGCAGCUUGAAAGAUCAAGUCGCGAGUUUUAUGAUGAUCAAGGAAUAUCUACAAGAAGUUCCCCUCGAGCAAGUCCCCGAUUGGAAGAUAUGCGACAACACAAGUAUAACACCCUGCCGGCCAAUGUCACAGGCGACCGCCGAUAUGACAUUUAUGGCAAUCCCCAGUUUGUUGAUGACCGUAUGGUGCGGGAUUUAGACUACGAGCCGCGUCGUGGAUAUAACCAAUUCGAUGAGAUGCAAUAUGAAAGAGAUCGCUUGAGUCCCGCGUCAUCCGUGGCUUCCUCGACAGAUGGUCUCGGUGGCAAGAAAAAGAGAUCGAAUAGCUCAAGUGGUUUGAAGACGUUAGGAAGGUUUUUCAAUAAAAAGAAGAAUUCAUCAAGUGACCUAUUCAAAAGAAACGGAGACUACUCGGAUGGCGAGCAGUCAGGGACCGAAGGAACUCAAAAAGCUGACUAUGAUAAGAGGAAAAAGAAGAAGCAUGAACUUUUGGAAGAAGCGAUGAAAGCGAGGACUCCGUUUGCGUUAUGGAAUGGGCCGACUGUUGUAGCUUGGUUGGAAUUAUGGGUCGGCAUGCCAGCGUGGUAUGUGGCGGCGUGUAGGGCCAACGUUAAGUCAGGAGCCAUUAUGUCAGCGUUGAGUGAUCAGGAGAUUCAGAAGGAGAUUGGGAUUUCAAACCCAUUACAUCGGCUGAAGUUGAGGCUCGCUAUUCAGGAAAUGGUUUCUCUCACCUCUCCAUCAGCUCCACGAGCCGCCCGUCUUACGCUUGCAUUUGGCGACAUGAAUCACGAAUACAUCGGGAACGACUGGUUACCCAGUCUCGGACUUGCGCAAUACCGUUCUGCGUUCAUGGAAUGUCUCCUUGACGCGCGUAUGUUGGAACAUUUAUCAAAACGCGACCUACGCACACAUCUCCGUAUGGUGGACACAUUCCAUCGAACAAGUCUCCAAUACGGCAUAAUGUGUCUGAAGAAAGUCAAUUAUGAUAAGAAAGUGUUGGCGGAACGGCGAAAAGCAUGCGAGAAUAUUAAUACAGACUUGCUCGUCUGGUCAAAUGAACGAGUUCAACGAUGGGUAGAGGAAAUUGGACUGGGUGCAUUUUCAAGAAAUCUGGUUGAUAGCGGAAUACACGGAGCGCUGAUAGCCUUGGAUGAAACUUUUGAUGCUUCAGCGUUUGCAUAUGCAUUGCAAGUAGGAUCCCAGGAUAUAGCAAAUAGACAGGUAAAACUACAAUUAUGCUCUGCAAAAAUUAAAAAUGAGCAGAAGCUGCUCCUCGAAAAGAAGUUCAUUAAUCUCGUCAACGAUCAUCGCCUCCAAACCGACUCUCACCCGAGGAGUGGAAGCUCUAUAGCCAAAUCCUACGAGUUCCAUCUGUAUACCUAG